GCGCUGAGUUCAAGCGUCGGUUAUAGUGUACAGUGCGCAGAUGGAAGGACGCGCGUCCAGAAUGGAAUCAAACUGAUUGUAUGAGAAUCAUGUUGAGGAGAGCGAGCAGCGCGUCGCGGCGGAGCAGCUCGGUAAGCUUUGAUGAAUUCGGCUUUGCUCUCAGUAAGAAAAAAGACAAGAAGCUCCAACACAGAUGUCACGACUACAGUUAUCCUCAGCCUAAUCCAGUUAAAGUGAAGGAACUGUGUGAAAUUCUCAGUUACUGGAAUGGAUCCAGUUUUAUCUGCAGAAAUCAGAUCGAGAGGUUUAUUCGUAUUGGUAUUCCUCCAGCAAUACGUGGACGAGUUUGGAAAUGCCUCCUAAAUAUCGACAGUCUCAGAGCUGCCAGCUCUUUUGAUUAUGAGGCAUGUCAGGCUGAGAUCCGUAAACCUCUGGUUGAUCUUGGAGUCAGUGAGUACAGUAUCAUCCCUACUAUAGACUCUCUAGUGGACACCGAGAAUGAGAUCAGCAGCGGACAGGCAUCAGAUCUCCUCAGCGCUGACCUGACGCUCUUCAAACAGAUCGCCCUCGACCUGCGAAGGUCAUUUCCGACCCAUUGCACUCUGAUGGGGGACCGUCCGGAGGCUAUUGAGGGCCAGGCCAAACUUUUCCGAGUUCUUACCGCAUUUGCCCGAUAUAAUCCCCAGAUUGGAUACGUACAAGGGAUGUCCUAUAUAGCUGCUGUGCUCCUGAUGAUCCUGUCUGAGGAGGAGGCUUUCUGGGCUCUGGUUGCUCUGUUAGAGAAUCCCAAAUAUCUCUCAGAGCUCAUUGAUUCUUCUCUGAAGAAGAUUCAGCAUCAAGCUUUGGUUUUUCAUCAGCUCCUGAAGCACAGGAAACCUCUGCUCUUUCAGCACUUGGAGACUCUUGGGGUGUCUUCUCUACAUUUCAUCAUGCAGUGGUUUCUCACUCUCUUCACCUCGCUGCCGUGCUGGGACUCAGUAUUGGCCAUUUGGGAUCUUAUCAUGCUGCAUGGUCUGCAGGCUGUAUUUCGCACCGGCCUGACCAUCAUCCUGCUGCUGGAGUCUCGUAUCAUGAACAUGAAUGAGGAGGCCACAGUACUGCCCAUUCUGCUGCGAGUGCCUGUGGACGUCUCCCAGCAUCGUGUCCUGAUCCCAGCCCUCUGGAACACUGACGUUCAGGAGUGGGAAAUCAACUGCAUGAACCGCCUAGUCUUGGAGGAGGCCAGUGGCGGACAGGAUGAAGAGAAAGUGAAAAAAGAAAGCGCAAAAGGCUGUACAAGUUCUCUCAGCGAUGGACAACAAGAUGAAAAACCUUCUCAAGACGUUGCCAGGAACACUUCCAAGAAAGCGGCUACAGGCUCGAGCACUAAGAAUGUUUUCACGCGGCUGCUGAAAGUGGCUCAGCAUUACCUUUUGGAGUCAGGCAAGUACAGUGCAGCUGCCAGGUCUUCUCCUGCCAAGAGGAGCCCUGCCCUCGGCCGCCUUCCCAAAACCAGAACCUCCACCUCCUUCACUCAGGCACAGGGUCGAACCAGGAGGAGCAGUAGCAGGCGUUCCCAGAAUUCCACUCUGGGUGGGGUCAAGAAGGAGCAGCUCCCUUCUCAAGAUUCAGAUGGAGGUGCCACUGAAGACAGCUCCAGCUCUUCGGCCUGGCAUGUGAGGUCAGGGCCCGUGGGUAAAGUGGCUCGCAGAAGGAGCCGAGGUCAGUCCGGACGAGGAAGUUCCCUCCUGCUGAAGAAUCGCAGCUCUAGAUCUCAACAGACAGCAGCUCAAACGUUUGUGGGGCCGGAGAGCAGCAAGAAUGAUGAAUGUCAAGAAACCCAAAGCAGGCAUGUGGCACUGAACGAGAGAAACUUCAUCACCUGCCCAUUGACAGCAAGUCAAGUGCGAGAAUCACAGCUAAUCUGAGCGCUUGAGGAACUGGUCAUGGAACAAAGUGUGCUCACUUCAUAACUGCUCAGUGAAACACUGUCAUUUGACAAUUAAACCAGGCCCUGCCUGACUCCUCCUUCCAUGUCUCUGACCACGUGUUGCUGAUAUGCACUACCAACUUUACAUAAGUCAAUGUUAAUGUAUGAAUGUAGGAUUCUCCAAACCUAUUAUUCAAACAAUAAUUUAGGGAAUGUCUGUAUUUUAA